UGCCGUCUUUUGUUUAAAAUAGUUUUCAUUUUCCAGAAGUUGUGCUUAUAAUUCUUUGUUCUUCAUCUCCUCCGUGGGGCCGUCGCAAGAAAUCGCAGACCACCGUUGAGGCUUCGCUGCCACUAUGGCUCUAUUGCUGUCACAGACAGUCGUCCGUUACUACAAAAUCAAGUUUAUGCGAUGGAUAUAUCGGAUGCCAUGAUAGACAAAUCCAGCAGAUUGAAUUCUGUGGAAUGGAAUGACUUUGAUAGGGUGAAAAAAGGGGACACAUUUGUAGCCAUUUGUAGGCAUUGUAAGAAAAAACUGAGUGGGUCAAGUACCAGUGGAACGUCUCAUUUGAGGAACCAUUUAAUUAGGUGUCAGAGAAUAUCUAAUCAUGGCAUUGCUCAAUUUCUUUCACCAAGGGAAAAGAAAAAGGAAAGAACCCUUGCUCUUGCGAAUGUAAAUGUUAAUCAGGAGCAAAGAAGGGAUGAACCACUUAUUGUUGUGAAUUAUAAAUUUGAACAAGGGCAGAUGAAAGAUGAAGCUGUUCCUAUUAGCGUUACAAGUGGUAACUUGGAUCAAAGGCGAAUUCAAUUUGAUAUUUCUGGCAUGAUCAUUUUACAUGGCUAUCCAGUUCAAAUGGUUGAGCAUGUUGGAUUCAGGGUUUUUGUUAAGAAUCUACAACCAUUGUUUGACCUUGUAACAACUGACAGAGUAGAGGCUGACUGUAUUGAUAUCUAUUCACAAGAGAAACAAAAGGUUUUUGAAGUACUCGAUAAGUUACCUGGCAAGAUCAGCCUUAGUGCCAAUUUGUUGUCUGCUUCGGAUGAUGCUGAGUGCUUGUGUUUAACUGCACAUUACAUUGAUUAAGCUUGUCAAUUAAAGAAGAAGAUAUUGGAUUUCAUAUUGGUUGAUCCUUCUCAUACAGAUGACAUGCAUUCAGAAGUCAUCAUGACAUGUCUUAUGGAUUGGGAUAUAGAUCGUAAGCUGUUUUCAAUGACAUGUGAUAGUCAUUCAGCCAGUGACAAUGUUGUCCACAGAAUCAGAGACCGGCUGUCAGAGAAUGGGUUCCUCCAUUAUAAUGGUAUGUUAUUUGAUGUGCGCUGUGCUGCAAAUCUUCUCAAGCUGAAGGUUCCUGACGCACUGGAGGCACUCCCUGAGGUGAUGCACAAAAUUCGUGAUAGCAUUCGUUAUGUUAGAAGUUCACAAGUAACCCUGAUGAAAUUCAAUGAGAUUGCUUCACAAGGUGGAGUUGAGAGUCAGAAAUGCUUAUGUCUUGACAAUCCAUCGUGUUGGGACUCGAUGUAUUCUAUGCUUGAAGUUGCCUUAGUGUAUAGGUGGGCAUUUUCACUGUUUCAGGAACAAGACAUUGCCUAUUCAAGUUGUCCAACUGAUUUAGAGUGGGCGAGGGUCAGGACCGUUACAAGCUGUCUGAAGCACUUUGUUGAAGUUGUUAAUGUUUUUGUGAAGAACAAUUAUCCAACUGCAAAUAUAUAUUUUUCUGAGAUCUGCGAUAUUCACUUGCUGUUAAUUGACUGGGGCAAGAAUUCAGAUGAUUUUAUUAGUUCUAUGGCAUUAAAGAUGAAAAGCAAGUUUGAUGAAUACUGGGAGAAAUGCAGUUUUGCUUUAGCAGUUGCAGCCAUGUUAGAUAUUCAAGUUAAAAUUGAUAGAGUACUACUAUCAACAAAUAUUUGGUAGUGGUUCUGCAGAAUUAAUUGAUGAAACUUUCGAGUAUAUAAAGGCACUGUACAAUGAACAUUCGAAUGGCUCUCCAUUAGCUUCUUGUGACCAAGGUCUGACUUGCCAAGUUAGUGGUAGCAUUGGAUACUUAACUAGUUCCGGGCGAGACUGUAGAUAGACUGAAGGGAUUUGACAAAUUCCUCCAUGAAACUUCCCAGAGCCAAGAUACUAAAUCAGAUUUGGACAAGUGCAGUGUUGAUUUCGACAUAUUAAAUUGGUGGAAAGUUCACACGUCAAAGUAUCCUAUACUAGCUAUGAUGGCACGGAAUAUUUUGGUAAUUCCUAUGUCAAAAGUUACACCAGAGUUUGCUUUUAACAAUGGAGGGAGCGUGUUUGAUCAUGAAUGGAGUUCGCUGCGACCGACGACUGUGCAAGCGUUGAUAUGCACUCAAGAUUGGCUGAGUGAAGUAGAAAAAUGAUACAUUUCCAUUAUUAUUCCGAAAGUUGAUUUAGAUAUUCCUUUCUGGGAAGGAUUAAUCAUUCCCCCCCAUGAUUAUUCUGAGAUAGUUUGCAAGGACAGUGCAUCAGGUUUUGUGGGCUGCCCUUGCAUUUCAUCUGUGUUUUGCAGGAAGCAGAGUUAUCACUUACUCUGGUUGUAAAGGAUGUACUGAUGGAAGAUGAUAGUCCUUUUCAAGGCAAAUCGGUGAGGUUCAGGAGCCGAAGGGGACAAUUGCAUUUGGAUUGAUAUAUUACAUAUGAUGAAGGACAGAUUUAGCGUUGAUGAUUAUACCUGUAAAUACCCUUUUAAUCUAGCAGCGAUUGAAUCAA